GGUCGUUGUAAUUCAAUCGUCGUCGUUGUCACUUCUCAAAUCAAGUUCUUGGUGAGCUGAACCGGCACGGAUUUAAUUAAAUGAAGGCUAAACCCUAGCUUGACAAACACGCACAAACUCUCGCAUUCUUGUAUUUCAUUUAACCGUAUUCUGUCUCUUAGAUUUGUAUAAUGUUCUUCUUGUUCCGUACAAUUGAGGCUAAUCUUUGUCGCUUGCCAUUAGCGAUGGCGGGAAAAACGAAUGUUGUGAGAAACUGUUUCAAGGGUUCUAGAACUAGUAGUUGUGCGUCAAUUCAAUUUGGAACUCUUCGAUCAAUUCAAUUUGGAACUCUUCGAUCAAUUCAUUUUGGAACUCUUGAGAACUCAUCUGUUACAAGUUCUAUGAGCCAUCAGGAUGUUCACUUUGAGGGCAAUUCUAUUCAUGUCCAAGCAUUUACGUCUAGUCAAAGCCACUCAAAGCGUGAGAUGGAUACUGAAAAUGAGGAUUUUUCUGAAGGGUCGCCCAAUGUCAAACAAUUUCCUGGAAGGAAAAAGAGAAUUGAUCUGGGGUCAGAGCGCCGAAUAGGAAACGUGGAUUCAUCCCAACCUGGGAACUUAAGUGUUUCAAGUUCUAAACCUUUUCGGGACAAGGGCAAGCCUAAGUCCACUCGAGUAAAAACAUCUCCCUAUAAGAGCUGUUCCAAACAUGGAAUGGAUUAUAAGAAGAAGUUAGAUUCUUUUGAAGGUUUGGGUUUGUACGAACAUGGAAUGAGUUAUAAGAAGUUAGACUCUUCCAAAGGUUCGGGUUCGUUUAAUGUCGGACCAUUUGAUAUUUGUGUAUCCAGAAGUGGGCGUAGGCAUUAUAUAGAAGACAAGGAAAGCCAUAAUGAAGAGGAGCAGAUUGAUGACAGCAUUAGACAAAAAGUGUUGAGGCCUGGGAUGUUUCUUUUAAAACAAUACCUUAGCCUUACUGAACAGAUAGAAAUCGUGAAGACUUGUCAAGAACUUGGUAAGGGACCUGGUGGAUUUUAUCAGCCUGGUUACAAAGGUGGAGGAAAACUCCGGCUGCAGAUGAUCUGCCUUGGUCUUGACUGGGAUCCUCAGACACGAAAAUAUGAAAGACAGAGGCGUGUUGAUGGAUGUGAGCCCCCUCAUAUUCCUCAAGCAUUUAAUCAGUUCGUUCAGAGAGCAAUCUCGGAUGCACAUGCUCUGAUUAAAAAACAAUUACUAAUCAAUGUGGAAGACAUACUUCCUGCAAUGUCUCCAAAUAUAUGUAUUGUGAACUUCUAUAAUACCAGUGGGCGACUAGGUCUCCAUCAGGAUCGUGAUGAGAGCCGUGAGAGUCUCUGGAAAGGAUUACCUGUUGUAUCCUUCUCGAUAGGUGAUUCAGCAGAAUUCCUCUAUGGGGAUGAGAGGGACAUUGCCAAAUCAGAAACAAUUGAUUUGGAAUCAGGGGAUGUUUUAAUAUUUGGCGGUGAGUCUAGACAUAUAUUUCAUGGUGUGUCAUCCAUCAUCCCCAACUCAGCUCCUGGAUCUCUACUAGAACAGUCUAAUCUUCGUCCUGGCCGCCUCAAUCUAACCUUUAGACAGUAUUAAAAACCAUAAUAUCCACAGGUACAGCAGAAUUGAUUAAAUUGAAUGCAGGUUACAAAACUCAGCAUUCAUUCACAAUUAAGUAUGCAGGUUAGAACAUGUAUCUUGGUUGUCAUUUUGUAAUUCAUCAAAUGGAAGAACAGUGCAUUUUGUUGGUGCAAAAUGGUGAAGGCCUUUGUGGAAUAUUUCAUACAUUUUUCAUGUAAUACUGUCUUGCAUCCAUGGUCAAUGAGGCUGUUUUCAGCCAUCCCAUCAUCG